GAUGGGCCAUGUAAAUCGCAUCGACAACGUAUAGUAGCUUUUUUUGUGAGAGUGCACAUUUUUUAUAAAUUAAAAUGGAUUAAUCAUCGCGCACGUGAUGCAAAUAAAUGUCAAAAACGUGCUGUUGCUGGUGAGAAACCGAAUGCCAAAUUACAGAAAUUAAGUCAUCGAUAGGCACAGUUCGAGUAUAUAAAAAUAAUUUUUUCAAACAAAUUCUAAAGUCAUUUUUAGCAACAAAUUUUAUGUCUCGAAGAUAAUCAAAGUGCUUAUUUGCUUAUUGUGUCGUCUCAGCCAAUUAUUACUUCAUACUUUAUAUUUUAUUUUGUUCACAGAGGAAUUCUUAUAAAUUGUCGAUAAACGGUAUUAAUUUUUUUAAAUAGAAUAAGCACUGCUUUUUAUUUAAAAUUAUUUUUGUUUACAACUUUUAAUCACUCAUCAAUAUAAAAUCAUUUGUAUUUAAUUGCAUGCGCAUAAUAAAUAUUUUAACUCAUUAAUUAAAUCAUAGUUUGUUUUGAUUUUUCAUAUUCUUUUCUUUUCUUUAAUUAAUUAAAUAUUUGUAAAUACCUUCAUUAACAGCAGUUGCAUGAGUGUUGAUCGAUAGUUGCAUGAAAUGUAAAUAAUUUAUGUGUAUCAUCAUCGCCAUUCCUACACCUAUGCUUUCCUUUUAUCCUAUCCUUUUCCUGAUGGAAGAAAACUUAGCCACCUUCCCGAUUGGUUUCCAUCGAAUAAUAUUAGUUUGAUUGUUUUUAUUUUGAUGGCUGUUUUUAAUUAUAAACAAACUAAUAUUAACUAAGAGCAAGUAUCCCGAUUUAUUGUUUUUACGCACACUGUAGCGAAAAUUAAAUUUUAAGUAUCACGUAAUAAUUAAACUAUUAUACACUAUUACAAUUUUCAUAGUGCGUCACAUAUAAUAUUUAUUUAUUAUUUACAUCUACGCUGCUAUUAUUUAAUUUUAUAACAUUCAUGUAGCAAGGAGAUUGACAUUCGGCUGACUUGACGACUGCAAGCUUAAAAUUUGAAUGGCGCCGUGAGAGUGAGAGAGACAGCACGAUAGAAAUUGAUGGCUGCCGCCAUCUCGCGGAGCGUACCGAACUAUCGCUUUCCGUCCCCUCGCCGCUAUACGAACCGUUCUUCUAUAUGAAGUCUAUAUUCGUUGGUAUAAUGGAUCCGGCAAUGCAGUGCAUUUCUGUCUUCUGCUCCAUUCUAACCUAAAAUAUUUAGAAAUUGUUCGGCAAAUCAAAAUACUUACGGUUGCCAGCAAAUAUUUAUUUCUUGGAAUGUGGUCAAGUUAAAUAUUCAGCCUCCAGAGUAUUAAAGUGAAAAGAUGGUUUUUUCAAUGGAAACAUUGAAAAAAGUUGCAAUUAGAAUAGGAGUUGUUGGAGGAGUGGGUACUUUUGUGGCUCUAAACACAAUACCCUAUAUAUACAGUGAACGAAUUCGUAAAACGGAACAUUACAAACAAGCUUUACAACUGUUGCGCAGUAAUACAGAAGCUGUUAAAUACUUGGGUGAGCCAAUUGAAGAGCGUCGAGUGCAACCUACAAAAAGAGAAAACUUUGGCACAGAUGGAGUGACAAUGUGGGUGAGAGUACCGGUAGUUGGACCAAAAGAUAAAGGAAUGCUAUUUUAUGAAUAUCCAGUAAACGAGUCGAACAAUUCCACAAGGGUGGAGCUCACAUUAAGCAAAUUGAAGGAUUAUAAGUUAAUAAUAAAGAAACCAGAUUGAUUUGUA